AUGAUGAUUUUUUUUUUUUUUUUUUUUGCCAUAUUUGGAUCCCGUCUGCGCCAGGAGGACUCCCCACCCCGGAUUGUGGAGCACCCCUCUGACCUGAUUGUCUCCAAAGGGGAGCCCGCCACUCUGAACUGUAAAGCAGAGGGACGGCCAACCCCGACAGUGGAGUGGUACAAGGAUGGAGAGCGGGUGGAAACGGACAAAGAUGACCCACGUUCUCACCGCAUGCUGCUGCCCAGCGGCUCGCUUUUCUUCCUUCGCAUUGUUCAUGGACGACGGAGCAAACCGGAUGAGGGAGCCUAUGUCUGCGUGGCCCGGAACUACCUGGGAGAAGCUGUCAGCCGUAACGCAUCUUUGGAAGUAGCAUUGCUGCGAGAUGAUUUCAGACAAAACCCUACAGACGUGGUGGUGGCAGCAGGAGAGCCAGCAAUCCUUGAGUGUGUUCCCCCCAGAGGCCAUCCUGAACCCACCAUCUACUGGAAGAAAGACAAAGUGCGAAUUGAUGACAAGGAUGACAGGAUCACUAUUCGAGGGGGGAAACUAAUGAUCUCCAACACAAGAAAGAGUGACGCUGGCAUGUACAUCUGUGUGGGCACCAACAUGGUCGGCGAGAGGGACAGCGAGACAGCACAAGUCACAGUGUUUGAGCGACCAACCUUCCUCCGGAGGCCCAUCAACCAGGUGGUCCUGGAGGAGGAGAUGGUGGAGUUCCGCUGCCAGGUACAAGGAGACCCUCAGCCAAAUGUACGCUGGAGGAAAGAUGACAUCGAUGUUCCUCGUGGGAGGUAUUAUGACAAGGACGACUAUGUGCUGAGAGUGAAGAAGGCUUCCGUUAACGACGAGGGCACGUUCACCUGUGUGGCGGAAAACCGCGUGGGCAAGCUGGAGGCCUCCGCCACUCUCACAGUCAGAGCCCGCCCUGUCGCUGCGCCCCAGUUUGUCAUCCGCCCAAGGGACCAAAUUGUGGCUCAAGGCCGCACUGCCAGCUUUCCUUGUGAAACCAAAGGAAACCCUCAGCCUGCUGUCUUCUGGCAGAAGGAGGGAAGUCAGAAUUUGCUCUUUCCCAACCAACCCCAGCAGCCCAACAGUCGCUUCUCGGUGUCACCCAGCGGAGACCUCACCAUUUCGUCUGUGCAGCGGGCAGAUGCUGGUUACUAUAUCUGCCAGGCCCUGACCGUUGCAGGCAGUAUCCUCGCCAAGGCUCAACUGGAGGUCACAGAUGUGCUCACAGACAGGCCGCCACCCAUCAUUCGCCAAGGCCCGUCCAAUCAGACCCUCGGGGUGGACAGCGUGGCACUGUUGAAGUGCCAGGCAUCAGGAGACCCCAUCCCCUCCAUCAGCUGGCUGAAGGAUGGGAUCAGUCUGCUGGGAAAGGACCCCCGCAUGUCCCUGCAGGAGCUGGGCAGUCUGCAGAUCAAAAACAUAAAGCUUUCAGACUCUGGGAUCUAUACAUGUGUGGCCACCAGCUCCAGCGGUGAAACAUCAUGGAGUGCUUUCUUGGAAGUCAAAGAAUCAGGCGGAGUGAUCGUCACGAAAAACCAUGAUGAGAAUGAGCUUCCGGGCCCACCAUCCAAACCUCAGGUCACUGAUGUCACCAAGAAUAGUGUGUCUUUGUCCUGGCAGCCUGGGAUGGUUGGAGCAUCACCCGUCUCCUCUUUUGUUAUUGAGGCAUUCAGUCAAUCAGUGAGCAACAGCUGGCAGACAGUAGCAGAUCACAUCAAAACCACCCAGUUCACUGUCAAAGGUCUCCGUCCGAACACCAUCUACCUGUUCAUGGUCCGAGCAGUCAACAGCCAGGGCCUGAGUGAUCCCAGCCCCAUGUCUGAUCCUGUCAGAACACAAGAUAUAAGUCCUCCAGCUCAGGGUGUCGACCACAGGCAUGUACAGAAGGAGCUCGGUGAGGUCAUAGUGCGGUUGCACAACCCGGUUGUCCUGAGUCCCACAACCAUUCAGGUCACAUGGACAGUGGAUCGUCAGUCCCAGUUCAUCCAGGGUUACAGAGUUCUGUACAGGCAGACAUCAGGACUGCCUGCACCAGGAUCCUGGCAGACCCAGGAUGUGAAAGUCCCUUCUGAGCGCAGCGUCAUCCUCUCCGCGCUUAAAAAGGGCAUUGUGUAUGAGAUCAAGGUCCGCCCUUAUUUCAACGAGUUUCAAGGCAUGGACAGCGAAUCCAGAACGGCACGGACGACUGAAGAAGCUCCCAGCGCUCCUCCUCAGCAGGUAACAGUCCUGACUGUGGGAAACCAGAACAGCACAUCCAUUAGCAUCUCCUGGGACCCGCCUCCACCAGACCACCAGAACGGCAUCAUACAAGAGUACAAGAUAUGGUGUCUAGGGAAUGAGACACGUUUCCAUGUAAAUAAGACGGUGGAUGCAGCCAUACGCUCAGUGGUGGUGGGCGGGCUGCAGGUGGGAGUGGUGUACCGGGUGGAAGUGGCUGCCAGCACAAGCGCAGGAGUUGGAGUCAAGAGCGAACCUCAGUCUAUUAUCAUCGGUAAGGAGUUUCGGGACGUGAUUAUACACGGAAACCGGAACAAUAGCAUCACAGAACAGAUCACUGAUGUGGUGAAACAGCCUGCUUUUAUCGCCGGUAUCGGAGGGGCCUGCUGGGUCAUCCUCAUGGGCUUCAGCAUCUGGCUCUACUGGAGGAGAAAGAAGAGAAAGGGCCUGAGCAACUACGCAGUGACAUUCCAGAGAGUUGAUGGUGGUCUGAUGAGCAAUGGGAGCCGGCCGGGCCUGCUGAAUGCCAGUGACCCAGGCUACCCCUGGUUAGCGGACUCUUGGCCAGCCACCAGCCUGCCUGUCAACAGCAGCUCCGGGGGACCCAAUGACCUGAGUAACUUUGGCCGAGGAGGUGAGUGUCCCGAUCUCCCCACUGGGCAAGGGGAUAAGACGGGCACCAUGCUCUCCGACGGAGCCAUCUACAGCAGCAUAGACUUCACAACCAAAGCCAACUACAACAGCCCUGGCCAAACAUCCCAGGCCACUCCCUAUGCCACCACCCAGAUCCUCCACUCCAGCAGCAUCCACGAGCUGGCCGUGGACCUGCCCGAGGCCCAGUGGAAGGCCUCGCUCCAAGCCAAGCAGGAGAUGGCCAGCCUGGGGUACUCCCUGCCUGACAAGAACUCCUGCAACAACAGUGGGAAGGGAGGAAAGAAGAAGAAGACCAAGGCGGGCUCCAAACCCUGUAAAGCCAAUGGGUCCAACUGGGCCAAUGUUCCCCUGCCCCCUCCCCCUGUACACCCCCUCCCUGGCACUGAGAUGGACCAUUAUCCCAAUGAGCAUCAUGACGGAGGAGGGUAUGAGAGUGAUGGCUGGGGCCCGCCCAUGCCUGUGCAGACCUAUCUCCACCAGGGAAUGGAGGAUGAGCUGGAGGAAGAGGAGGAGAGGGUCCCCACCCCGCCCAUCCGAGGGGUUGCCUCUUCCCCGGCUGCUGUGUCCUUUGGUCAACAGUCCACAGCCACCCUCACCCCUUCUCCCCGGGACGAGAUGCAGCCCAUGCUCCAGGCCCAUUUGGAUGAACUGACCAGAGCGUACCAAAUGGACAUGGCAAAGCAGACAUGGCACAUGCAGGUAGGCUCACUUCCUCCCCAGGCUCCGGCUCCUCCAGUGGGCUACGUGUCGAGCACAAUGGUUUCUGACCUGGAGACGGACCUGCCUGAUGAGGAUGACGAGGAGGAGGAAGAGGAGGAGGAUGAAGGCUAUGGGGCCAGGCAUCCCCGCGGCAUUGAGCACACACCAGGGUCUAGCAUGGACAACCUGGACAGCUCUUUAACAGGUUCCAUGGUGAAUGGGUGGGGCUCAGCCUCUGAGGAUGACCGUAAUUUCUCCAGCCAUAGGUCCAGUUUGGGCAGUUCAUCUGACGGCUCCAUCUUUACCCACUGCAGCUUUGCCCAGGCCCUGGUGGCCGCUGCAGACAAGGCAGGCUACCGCCUGGAGGGCACUAGCCUCAGCAAGAGAGGAAGAGGUAAAGGCUUGUCCCACAGGCCCCGGCCCAGCAGCCCAUUCUCAACAGAUGGCAGCACAGUCGGCACACACAGCUUGGGCCACCAGAGGGCCACCAGGCCCACACGCAAACCCCGAAGCCAGGGCACAGCACCCCACCGGAGAGAUGCUGGUGCAGACGACCUACCUCCUCCCCCUGAGCCUCCUCCCUGUCAGGGGCAGGGUCGUAUCCAGGGGGCCCGCAGCAUAAGCAGCAUGGUACCCCCUACAGAUAGGAAGGCUUCCUCUCUGGAGCGCCCGCCUAUGUCAGGAGCCCUGUGUGGGCCGGAGGACAUGAAGAGCUCCAUCGACAGACAGACACGCACUUCUCUGGAACAUCAUCGCCAAGCUCAAGACAGGCUGGGCUCCAUGGACCGAGCUGAUGAUGGGCGCAGGGGACACAAGACAGAGGACGGGUGCCUGCCAUACAACAAACCAUCCUUCCCCUCCCCUGGUGGCCACAGCUCCUCUGGCACAGCCUCCUCCAAGGGCUCGACGGGGCCGCGCAAGACCGAGGGUCCACGACAGCCACAGCAGUGGACCGCCACAGAGCACGCUGAAUUCCUGGGGACCAAUGGGCAGGGACAGUACACAGGAGAGUUAUAGUGAUCUGCCCGGGAUGUGAAUUGGAUUAAACCUGGUCUGUCCUCACAAGAAAGACGCCCUCCCAGCCGGGGCAACGAACUUUGUCCUUAUCUGUGUGUUCUCAGAGGGAGGGAGCGCAGCAGAGGGCACAGCAGAGAAAAGCAGUGUCACAGAACUGUAAAUGUGAUGUAUAGACACAGACAUACUGUACAUCUCACUAUGUUUUCGUCCUCAAGAAAAUAUUUUCCACCUCCUACCUUACUGUAAUUUUCUUUUUGUUAGAAAAAGGCAAGUAAAAAAACAAAAGAAAACAUCUAUACGAGAACAAAUUUUCUGGUAACUGUCCUGGGGGGGGGGAUUUUGUUUGCUGUAAAUAUAUUCUUUAACUUGUUGUUGCAUUGCUAUGCAAGCCUAAUUCAGUUUGAGCUUUUAAUUUCCAUAUACAGGAACAGUUGGUUUUAUCUGGUUAUUUGUAUUAUAUGUGAAUUGAGUGGCUGUUGUGCCAUAAGAUAAUUGUUUUAUAAUCCAUUGUUUGUUAAUAGUUACCAUUAAUUAUUAUCAUUAUUAUUAAUUAUUGUUUUUGCACUGCAAUUUUUGGUGAUAAGCACAAAAAACAUAGCUCCUGCUGACAUGAAGAACCGGAAGAAUAUGUGAAGAGGAGUUUCUGUACUGUAAAGUAAAGAGAAGAAAAUUAUAUAGUAAUGUACAGAGAGAUAUUAAAGAGUAAGGCUUUGCUCACAGACAGCAACAAAUAAGGCACCCGUUUCCGUCGGCGAGACUAAUUGGGUGGCAGCCACACAAGGUUCCCGUGGGUCUGAAGGGCAGAUACGAGGCUGGAAGAAUUGUACACGGAGGAUGCUGCAUUACUGUAGGUGAUUAUUUAAUUCUGAACAACUGUCCUAAAACAAUAGUUCGAUAUCAGACACAUUUCGUGCUCGACGUUCUUGCCGACUCCGUUGUCUCGUUUUCACAGAUUUUUUUUAAAAUUAUUUUUGUACAAGGGUCUCCAAGCAUUUCAAGUUUUGUUUUUAUGAUUUACUGCCUAACUAAUUUUACUACACUGAGUUUACGCUCCUCAUUCAGUAUAAUAGCACACUACCCAUAAAACAGUCAAAAGGGAGGAGGAGGAGGGGGGGAGUCAGUGAAAUCUGUCCACAUGCUGUAGUUCACUCAAAGCACUUACAGAGGCAGAUUUAUGAUUCUUCUAUUGCCUUAAUAGGUAAGCAGACAUCACAGACAAAGGAGUAUUUCUUGUGAUUAGUAGCAAUGAUACUCCCAAGCCUACCUUAAAUAUCCGUGGAGCAACACAAUUUGUUUACAUAUUUUAUGUUUAAGAUUUUAUGUCUUUAAUUCCAUCCAUUUUAAUAUUGUUUGCUUUCUAGAGCACUUACUGUUUUAUGUUUGCGAUGUCAUCUGCGGUACAAUAUCAGCCCAGAACACACUGAGCUGUUUGGUCCAGCUAAGUGCUGCGAAAAUUAGGUCAUCUGUCAAAGCAGUUGUUGCUCUAAAGGUCGGUGCCUCGCUCUCCGAUGCGCUACGAUCAGCACAGUCCCGUGUCGAUCACUUUGAGAAGAAACGGUGUGUGUGCGAUUUACAAUGUAGCUUUGAGUCACUGUUUGGGAGUGAUAAUGGAGAAAAGCCUUGUAUGUUAACGAGCAGGUCCCACUGCCUCCAUGUCUACAGCCACAGUGUGGAGCAGAACACCGCCACAGACACACACCUAUCAUCCGCCGCUUUCGACUUCUCAGCCUCUGAAUCUCGAUUUCUGUCUUUUCAGACAAUGUUUUUAUUGGUUGUCCUUUUUUAAUGAAAAGCUUGUUCCUUUGUAUGCCUUUUAUGGACUCCAAAACGCUGCUUACAACAAUGUUUUCAAUAUUAAUGUUCAGGAUUUUUGUGGUUCAAUGACUGUUUGUUUUGUCUUUUUUUGUACUGCUAAUGUUGAUAAAAGGGGGGUGGAAACUAAAGGCCGUCAGAAGCUGUUGUACUGUUGUCGUCAUGCCAUCGUCAUUUUAUAUCAUCCACCCAGUGGCCAGUGUUCUGGAAAUGAGGUGCAAAGAGUAUCUCAGGUUAUUUUACAUUCUGGUGGUGUUUAUGUAUGUGUAUAUAUGUGUAUAUAUCCAUACGCAUCUCCACUUGAUUACGCCAUUCCAUUUUCAUUGACAAAAAUAUCCCUCUCAUGUCCGAUUCUGUCGUCCCCUCUUUUCUUUUCUGCUGUGGACUUUGAUUCUGAGUAUAAUGUGCUGGUUCAUCCACCUUAAGACAAGAUGUCAGUAAAAGAACAUACCAAAUUAAGAUUGAUAUUUCUAAUGUCUAAUGCGUUUUAGUGUCUCUUUAAUACUCAUUGUUUUCUUUUAAAUCAGUGUCGUUUUGUAUUUAUUAAAAUGAUAAUAAAAGUAUAUUGUGAAAUAUGCAUAAAGAUUCGUGGAAUAUAAAACGUGUUAUUUUUUUUUAUUUUUUUUUCUGUUCCUUGUAAAGUUUGCAGUCAGAGGCGAGCAGCGAGGCCGUAAGGAGGCGAUAGGCCCGCUGUGCUCACAGCACGGCGAAGCGCCGGGUCAGUAGUCGUCUGAGUCACUCUUCGUCCUGCAUGUUCACCGCACUGCUCCUCUCAUGUCAAAACUAAAGAAACGUAAAAACCUUUUUGAACACAAGGAGCAAAAACGCUCACAAUUUGCCUGUCAAGUCGAUAGAGAAAACAUCUUUUUGGAAGGAUGAAAGUACUUUGGCUUUCCCUCUCUUUUGUUCAUUUUCUCAAUAUUGUUGAUUCUUUGUAGCCUAUCUGUGUGUUGCCUUUUUGCUAUAAAAGAGGAUGAAAAAUGACAAAAAGAGAAAGUUGUAGGGUGAAGUCUUUCUGUACAGUAAGGGGUGCGGUGACGCCCCGAUCCAAUGCCAUUUCUACAGUACAAUACAUUCUGCUUUGCUUUUCUUUUUUUUUCUUUUCUGUAAACCACCUUCUGUAUUCACUUGCAUGUCCUUGUCCAAGAAGAGAGUGG